AAAAAGGGUGACGAGAAGAGAAGAGUAGUUUAAAUGAGGUUGGAAUCGGAGAAGGGAAAGUUGUGAGGAAAGAAGUUUGAGAAGAUGGUGUCCCCGAUGUCAACGAUUCUGGUGACGGGUGGGGCGGGCUUCAUCGGAUCCCACACGGUGCUCCAGCUUCUCAAACAGGGUUUCCGGGUUACCAUUAUCGACAACCUCGACAACUCCGUCAUCGAAGCCGUUCACAGGGUUCGCCGUCUUGUCGGUCCUCACCUUUCCAACAACCUCACCUUCUGUCACGGCGACCUCCGCAAUCCCAACGAUUUGGAGCCACUUUUCUCUCAGACCAAGUUUGACGCUGUCAUCCACUUCGCCGGCUUAAAGGGUGUUGGAGAAAGCGUUGCAAAGCCCCGGCGUUACUACGACAACAAUGUGGUGGGCACUAUCAACCUUUUUCAGGCAAUGGCUAAAUUUAACUGCAAAAACAUGGUUAUUUCCUCCUCCGCCACUGUUUACGGCCAACCCCAUCAAGUUCCAUGCGUGGAGGAGGACUUGCAUUUGCACGCCAUGAAUCCCUACGGAAGAACCAAGCUCUUUGUUGAAGAAAUUGCCAGAGACAUUCAGAGAGCAGAGGGAGAUUGGAGAAUCAUUCUGCUGAGGUACUUCAAUCCGGUUGGGGCUCACGAGAGUGGGCAGAUUGGGGAAGAUCCAAGGGGUAUCCCCAAUAACCUCAUGCCUUACAUUCAUCAGGUUGCUGUUGGAAGAUUGCCCGAGCUCAAAGUUUAUGGUGAUGAUUAUCCCACCAAGGAUGGCACCCCGAUCCGGGAUUAUAUCCAUGUAAUGGACUUGGCAGAUGGUCACAUUGCUGCCCUUCGAAAGCUUUUUGCAACAGACAACAUUGGUUGUACUGCCUAUAAUUUGGGAACUGGGCGUGGCACAUCGGUGCUUGAAAUGGUUGCUGCAUUUGAAAAAGCUUCCGGCAAGAAAAUUUCGAUGAAAAUGUGUCCCAGGAGACCAGGAGAUGCUACUGCUGUGUAUGCAUCCACGGAGAAAGCUGAGAAAGAACUUGGUUGGAAGGCAAAAUACGGUAUAGAGGAAAUGUGCAGGGACCUAUGGAACUGGGCGAGCAAAAAUCCAUGGGGAUACCAGGGGAAACACUAGCUUCAUCCCAGACACGACACGUGUGCCUUGUCGUUUUCGGAUUCUUCCACUAUACCAUAUCAUCUUCACUAAUAAUAUUUCAUCUUUCUUCUGUUGAUUCAAUUGAUUGAUUCUUUACACUAUCUUAGCCUAAAUAUUUGUCUGAUUUUGAUUUCUGAUAUUGUAGAAAGCAGAACUUCUGAGUUAUAUAUGAGAGCCAAUUAAAUUAUUUUCCAUCAAA